AUGUCGCAAAAAAUCAGCGCUAAAAACCUGCAGUACAACGCGACACAGCCGCGCUUCCUCGCCCUGCUACGCGGCCAAGGCGGAGCCGAAACAAACCGUGACGGACCGGACCCAAUUCUUGCUGCGAGGCGCCGACCCGUCAAGCCGCGUUCGGGCAGUGCCGAGGCCGAGGACGCGCCGUUGGUUGUGGACGAACAUGGACACGCGGUUGCGGAUGUCACGGUUGGCGCGGACGGGGCCGUGAAGGAGAAGGAGAAGGGGUUGGGGUCCGGGGCUGGGGAGGAAGAACAGGGGGAACAACAGCAACAACAACAAGUACCGGACAAGAAUUCGACGAGCGAUAACAACGAUGACGCGAAUGGGAUUGGGAAAGGGGAGAAGCUGGUUGGGAUUGGCGAACCGCGAAAGAAGAGGAGGAUUGGCAGGGUGAUUGAAGCUGCGGAGGAGGAAGAAGAGGUGGAAACGACGAAAACCGGGAAGGAUAAGACGGGGGUGGACAAGGCGACAGCGGAGGGCAAACCGACUAAGGAGGGCUCGACAACCGCGCCGAAGGUGAAGACGAAGAAAGCAAAGAAGAUCAAGCUCAGUUUUGGCGACGACGAUGGUUGA